AUGCAAGGCGCCAUCGGCAGCGGCGGCAGCAUGAUGCCAAACAGCAGGAAUGCUCCGUACGCGCAAGGAGAGGAGUGUGGUCAUGGAAGUAGAGCCCUUUUAGCAUUUUGCUUUGCAAGUCUGGCCCGCUUUUGUCCCGGUCCUGAGUGCGCCGAGCAGCACCUGCCUUGGGGCCGUGACCCCACUGCGCCGAAUGGCUUCGCCACUUCCCAGGAGACCGCCUAUCCCUCGCAGCUGGCAGCUGGCAUAGCGCUGGCUUUCAUCAAGGGCAUGGUCUCGUGCGGUUGGGAUGGGGCCAGGGUUGCGUUGAACAUAGAUCGGGACAAGCUAGCCACAGCAGCUGAAAGAGCCAUCGCAGGCGUUCAGAGCAAGGCUUCCAGGUUCCCUGCUCCUGUGAGUGAACACAAGAUGGUGGUAGUUCUGCGUUCGCGACGGCCUUUGACUUGUCCUUGCGAGCCUGGAAAGCGCCUCGAGCAGCCAUUUCCGCUGCCUGCUGGUGUCAGGGCCACACCAUUUGUUGCUUGUGUUCCUGCGAAGAGUCAGCUCCUCCGCAGUACACCCAUCUCGGUUAAGGUUGGGGAUUGGUUAGCUGGGUCUAAAGUUGAAGCCGAGCAGUUGUCAUUUGAGCAAGCGUGGGGCGUACCGCAUUCUGAAGCCGAGUUUGUCGAGGCUGCUGUGAAAGCAGGCCACCCGAGCAGCUUCCGCGAGGCGCUGCCAGAUGUGCUUCAGAAAGCAGUAAAGUUGAAUGAGACAAUGGACGAUGCAGACCUUGCAAAGAUGAGGACUCACUGGAUCCGCAAAUGGGCUAAAAGGGCAGAACAACUUGCGCCCGAAGAAGAAGAGCUCAAGAAGACAUUGCAUCCUUCCUGCAGAGCCAUCUUAGAGCCAAAGCGCUUGCUGCUUUACAAGGAAAUCCUCACAGAGUGUAACUACCCGGACCCGGGUGCGUUCGAUGAGCUUCUACAGGGCACGCAGCUUACUGGUGAAGUACCCAUCACGGGGAUCUUCACGCCAACAUUCAAGCCUGCCAAAACAACUGUAGAUCAGGUCAAGAGGGAAGCCAGCAGCAUCCGCUCAGGGGUGCUUUCGAAGGUCCGACCAACAGGAGAGCUGGAUGCGGAAGUGAUGAAAAAGACAUGGGAAGAGUGCAAUGCCGGAUGGCUUGAAGGGCCGAUUCCGCUCAGUGAGCUGGAAAGCAGCGCGCUUGUAAGCCGUAGGUUCGACGUUGUGCAGGGGUCUAAAGUAAGGGUCAUAGACGACUUCUCACUGGGAGGGGUGAACGGCACAGUGCAAGUGGCCGAGACUCCACGGCCACACGCCACUGACAAAGUGGCCGCCCUCUGCCUCGCACUGCUUGCAAAGUGUGGUCGCAGCACCGUGCUCGGCCGCACGUUUGAUCUCAAGUCUGCUUACCGUCAGCUUGCAGUGUCGCCGGAGUCCUCCUGGGCUAGCUAUGUUGCCUGUUGGGAUCCGGCAAUUCAGGCGCCACGGAUCUUCCGUAUGCGAGCGCUCCCUUUUGGCGCGAGCCGUGCUGUGUACGCGUUCCUUCGCGUUGCCAUGUCUUUGUGGUUUGUUGCGGCUGGCCAGCUAGCGAUACCCUGGACAUCUUUCUUCGACGAUUUCGUGACCUUUGCCCGGGGAGCAGGAAGCACACACUUGCAGCGUACUGUUGAAGCCUUCUUUAAGCUCCUAGGAUGGGGUUUCGCAGAGAGUGGAGAUAAGGCACAGCCUUUUGCGUUGAGUUUCCACGCGCUGGGGAUAAAAGUUGACCUCAGCAAGUUUUGCGAGGGUUCCGUACUCUUCUCGAACACAGAGAAGCGCGUCUCAGAGCUUAGGGACACGUUCCAGAAGAUCCUCGAAACAGGGCUGCUGCCUCAAUCCUUCGCCCUGAAGCUUAGGGGUCGUAUGCAAUUUGCGGACGGCCAGCUCUUCGGAAGAACCGGUAGAGCAUGCAUGCGAACCAUCACAUCCUUUGCGUAUGGCGACGCCGGCCCGGUGCUCACGCCAGCCGCUAGGAAUGCGAUUGCCAGGUUUUUGAAGAGACUGUGUGCAGAUGCACCCAGAGUGAUUUCGAUCUUAAGCGAGCGACCUUGGUUCGUUUUCACGGAUGCAUCCUAUGACGUGUCGAACAGACAGUGGCCAUGUGGGCUUGGAGGCAUCCUGUUCAACCAGUCGGGACAGGCGGUUGAGUUCUUCUCUGUGUGCUUGACCGCAGAGCAGAUUCGCCUCCUCGGUGGCGAUAGGUCCCAACAAAUCAUCUUCGAGGCAGAGCUCCUUGCCCUUGUGGUGGCGGCCCGGAAAUGGGGGCCUUCCUUGUUUGCGAAGCCUGUAAUGUUUUAUGUUGAUAAUAACUCAACUAGAGACGUGGCUAUCUCGGCAAGUGCUCGCACGUGCGUCCCCUCGAGUCUAUUGGAACAGCUUGUUCAUGCUGAGGAAAGACUAAGCUUGUAUCCCUGGUACUCUCGUGUGCCCUCACCGUCUAAUCCGGCUGACAGCCCAUCGCGGGAGCUGCUUCAGACACUGUCUUGGAAAGGCCGAACGCUGAAGGCGUCAGAUGUAAGCGAGACCCUGUGCGACUGCUUCAGUCUCCUUGAAGGCACAGCCGGCUUCCUGGAAGGGUGCGCCAAGGCAGCGGAGGCGGCAGGUGCUGUUCUGCCCGAAGCCGCCAUGCUCUUUGUUUGCAGCGCCAAAGGCACCAAAGGCGGCGGCAAAGGCGGCGACGCAGGAUACGAGCAGUGGGGGCCGCCCAACAAACGGCCGCGGCCAGCCUCGAGCGAAGGCAUCGACACUGUGGCGUCGGUGGGCGCGGCGGAUGCAGGCUUCGACGAGGACAGCUUUUUGCCCAAGCCCUGCGUCCUGGUUUGA